GAAGAAAGGUUGGGAGAGUGAGUCAGAAUGUGUCUUCGAACUUCGAAGCUCCAAAUAGCUUUUUAACCAUUUUCGCUUCUUCUCUUCCCUUCUCUCGCAUUACCACUAUGCGUUAAGUUAACCAUUUCUAGCGUUAGGGUUUUUGCUUCUCGGAAGAUUCGAAAUGGAAGAAGAUUACGGCUACAGAAGGACGGCGAAGAUAGCACUUGUCGCAAUCAUGGUGCUCGCUUCCGUCGCCGUCUUUGCAUUGCUCGUUGUCUUCGCUUACUACUGCUACAUCCUCAACAAGGUCUCGAAUCGUCGCAAAAGCCUCAAAAAAGUUGAAGAUGCCAACCUUAACGAGAAAAGUGACUUUGCAAAUCUGCAAGUUGUUGCUGAGAAAGGACUUCAGGUGUUUACUUUCAAGCAGCUGCAUUCUGCAACGGGGGGAUUCAGCAAGUCAAAUGUCAUUGGUCAUGGUGGAUUUGGACUUGUUUACCGGGGAGUGCUCAAUGAUGGUAGGAAAGUUGCAAUUAAAUUCAUGGAUCAGGCAGGAAAGCAAGGAGAAGAAGAAUUUAAAGUAGAGGUGGAAUUGCUAACUCGGUUGCAUUCUCCAUAUCUGCUGGCAUUGCUUGGAUACUGCUCUGAUAGUAAUCAUAAAUUACUGGUGUAUGAAUUUAUGGCAAAUGGUGGACUGCAGGAACAUCUUUAUCCUGUCAGCAUUGAUUUUCUUGUAGAUUCUAUUAUUACGCCUGUGAAGUUGGAUUGGGAAACACGAUUAAGAAUAGCACUUGAAGCUGCUAAGGGUUUGGAAUAUCUUCAUGAGCAUGUCAGCCCUCCAGUGAUUCACAGAGAUUUUAAGAGCAGCAACAUCCUCUUGGACAAGAAAUUUCAUGCCAAAGUUUCUGAUUUUGGAUUGGCGAAGCUUGGACCUGAUAGAGCUGGUGGACAUGUUUCAACUCGGGUUUUGGGCACCCAGGGAUAUGUUGCCCCCGAAUAUGCACUAACAGGGCAUUUAACAACAAAAUCAGAUGUGUACAGUUAUGGUGUUGUACUUUUGGAGCUGCUCACUGGCCGGGUGCCUGUUGAUAUGAAGAGACCUCCAGGGGAAGGUGUUCUUGUUUCUUGGGCUCUGCCCCUUUUGACUGAUAGAGAAAAGGUUGUAAAGAUUAUGGAUCCUUCAUUGGAGGGACAAUACUCUAUGAAAGAGGUUGUCCAGGUGGCUGCAAUUGCUGCAAUGUGUGUGCAACCAGAGGCAGAUUAUCGGCCUCUAAUGGCAGAUGUUGUGCAGUCAUUGGUUCCACUGGUGAAGACUCAAAGGUCCCCCUCAAAGGUAGGCAGCUGCUCUAGUUUCAAUUCCCCUAAGUUGUCCCCUGGCCCAACAUUUUAAUGCACGUAACAUAUCAACAUUUUAAAUGAAGGAGAGGUACAUGCUUACCAAACUAGAUUUGUAUUGCAUGUUUGGUAGUUGCCGUUUCCUUGUAAUCUUAAACCAUAUGAUGCCUUUUGGAGAGGAAAAAAAUGGUGGGUUUAAUGUUAAUGUUCAAAUUGAUAAUGAUGAAAGAUUUAGACUUGUUUACUUUUAGUUAUGAUGGAAGGUUCUGCUUUAAGAUA